AGAAGUUGCAUAUUACUCCCCAUUGCCAUAUUCCGCAGUGUUCCCAGAGGGCUGCCAGCUGACUAGUCGCACGCGAUGGCCGAUCUCACACUCUACCUGGAUCUGUUGUCCCCGCCCUGUCGCUCCGUCUACAUUUUCGCUAAAGCCAAUAAGAUCCCGUUUAACAACCAUCAAGUGCUGCUCUUUAAAGGGGACCACUUUAGUGAGGAAUUUGGGAAAGUGAAUGUGCUACGCAAAAUACCUGCUCUAAAAGAUGGUGACUUCUUAAUGGCUGAAAGCACUGCAAUGCUGCUUUACAUGGCACGCAAGUAUAAAACCCCGGAUCACUGGUACCCAUCAGAUUUACAGAAGUGUGCCCGUGUUGAUGAAUACCUUGCUUGGCAGCACACUAACAUCCAUCCCCCUUGUUCCAAGGUUGUCUGGGUCAAGUUCUUGGCACCACUAAUACUGGGCCAAGAAAUUCCCGGUGAAAAAGUGGAUGCAGCAGUGGCAGAGUUCAACACCAGCAUGAAAAAUCUGGAAGAGAAAUUCCUGGGGGACAAACCCUUCAUUGCUGGGGAUGAGAUCUCUGUGGCAGACCUGGUGGGCGUUGUGGAGAUUAUGCAGGUAAUGUCAGGUGACAUAAACCCAUUUGAUGACAGACCAAAACUGUCAGCCUGGAAGAAGCGGGUGGUAGAGGCAUUGGGUGAAGAGCUCUUUAUGGAGGCACACAAGGAGAUCCUUAAUAGUAAGCAAAUGGCAAGUGAACCUCUACCCCCAGAAGUUCUGGAGGUUCUGAAAUGCAAGUUUCAAGCCAUGAAGUGAAUUUGGUGUCCCUUGAAGAGAUGAAUUUGCCCUGAGCCAGAGCUGUUCCUCUUCAGUAUGUUUUUGUUGUAACCCUCCUCUGUCUCAACAUUCCAACUGGACCCUCCCUUUCAAUAAAUAACUUUGUUUGUUCUA